CGGCUCCGGCCCGGCUGCGGAGGCACCGGUGCAGCUGUUCUCCCCAACCGGAGGAUGGUGUCGUCGUCGCCGCCGUCGCCUCCUCCUCCCGGCCUCCUCCUCCCCCCUCCCGUCCCCCCCUCGCCCGCCGGCCCUUCCGGCGCGCCCCCUCGCGGAUCCACGGGGCUCUUUCGCGUGCCCGCGCUCUGCCUGGCAUGGUACGCGCUGAGCGCCGGCGGGAAUGUGGUGAACAAGGUGCUCCUGGGCGACUUCCCGCGACCCGUCACCGUCUCCCUCUGCCAUGUGCUGGGCCUGGUGGCGCUCCUGCCGCCCUUGUUGCGGGCCUGGCGCGUGCCCGCCGCCAGCCCUGCCCAGCUGCCCCCUCGCGCCUACCCGCGCCUCAUCCUCCCGCUGGCUUUUGGCAAGUAUUUAGCCUCCGUCUCGGCCCACGUCUCCCUUUGGCGCGUCCCGGUUUCCUACGCUCACACCGUUAAAGCAACAAUGCCUAUCUGGGUUGUUCUCCUGUCAAGAAUCAUCAUGAAGGAAAAGCAGACAACCAAGGUAUAUUUAUCCCUCAUCCCUAUUAUUGGUGGAGUCCUGCUGGCUACAGUUACAGAACUCUCAUUUGAUACUUGGGGGCUUAUCAGUGCCCUGGCUGCAACUCUCUGCUUCUCACUUCAGAAUAUUUUCUCAAAGAAGGUUUUAAGAGAUUCACGAAUACACCAUCUCCGUCUAUUGAACAUCCUUGGGUGCCAUGCUGUGUUUUUCAUGAUCCCAACAUGGGUGCUGGUUGAUCUAUCCUCAUUCCUGGUAGAAAAUGACUUGAGUUCAAUGGCUCAUUGGCCAUGGACCAUCCUUCUCUUGGCCAUCAGCGGCUUCUGCAACUUUGCCCAGAAUGUCAUUGCCUUCAGCAUCCUGAACCUUAUCAGCCCUUUGAGUUAUUCUGUUGCAAAUGCCACAAAAAGAAUCACAGUCAUUAGUGUCUCUCUGAUCAUGCUUCGCAACCCUGUCACCUCCACCAAUGUUCUGGGCAUGAUGACUGCUAUCCUGGGAGUGUUUUUGUACAACAAGACCAAAUACGAUGCAAACCAGGAAGCAAAAAAGCAGCUCCUUCCUAUUACGACGGGAGAUCUAACAAACCUGGAUCGGCGCUGGAGUACCCCGGAAAAGCCUCAGAAUGGACUUGCCUCCUUUGCACAUCAUGGAGAUUUCCAGUAUGGUAGCGGCAGAGGCAAUGUCCUCGUAGAUCAUUUCCAGUAUUCCCGGCAGAACUAUCCAACUUUGUACAGCUCCAGUCGCUAUGAUAUUUAGCAAGGGCUUAUUCAUUGCUAAACAAUGUGAACUUUUCACAUGGCGUUUUCCCCUUCCACUUGUGUGACUGUUUAGUCUCAAGGAAUAGCAGGGGUCUGUGCAUAUGUCCCAAGGUGGGAUAAAUGCUAUAGAAGAGAGUACUGCAUGCCAAGCAAUACUUGCUAGUGGAAGAAACCACUGGGGUGGGUUUCAUCAGGUAAAAUUGGGCCAUGCAAAAGCCCCAGUCUGUAGCCUCUGAGUCUCUGUGAUCUCCAGAUGCCCCUGAACAUGUUGAUUGUCCACGGUAGCACAAAAGGGGCCAGUUUUUCUUCUUUUCACUCCUGGUUGUAGAUCUUUUUGAGUUGCAUUCUGCCUUACUUUUGCCAUUCGUUUUCAGUUAUUUUCAAAAUGGAACAAAAACAACUCUUUUUCUCAGUCCCUCUUUUUUCUGGAAAAGAGGAGAAGGUUUGUUGUAUUCUAUAAUGAGAGUAGCUUUGCUGCUCAUCUACUGCCUUCAUUUGCAGCAUUACGAGAGGGAUUGCCAAAAAAUGAAGAAGAAUGGGGAACAGUUUCCCGUCUCUGGUGAAAGAAUGAAUGAGUUUAUUCUUUAAAAAAUAAUAAUAAUCAUGUAAUAGCAGGAGUUUGCUGCUAGCACUAUGUAGCAAAUAUGGCUCUGAAAUCCUCCUUCUCUAGCUCCUGUUUUAAUCAUGGUCUCAAAGCCUUUUUUGUUUGUUUUUUUCCCCCCUGAUAUAAAAAAGGAAAAGCAAAGAGAUCCGUAUAGCAUAUAAUUUGCUCCAUAGGACAAAGUUUCUUAAUAUCAUGCAGCUUCAGGAAUUAUUUUCUGAGGGCUUUGCUCUUCUAGUUUACAAGGAUCAUUAAAAAAACAGUAUGAGUAUUGGUCUAUCCUAAUGCCAGAUUUUGGCAUAAUUUAUGUGCAUUGUUCUGGAUUGUUUAUGUUGUCUCUUUGAAAUAAUCUUCAUACUUUUUUUCCUGCUGUGGAUGACAUUUGCUUUUUGCCUCUUAAGAAUUCUUCUCCUGGGUACUGAAACUGGAACAACUAGCUUUCUCCUGCACCAUGAUUAGCUGAGAUCUUCAGCAGAAGUCUCUGAUAUGUCCACUAUGCUCUUGUGAAUUUGUAAUCAUGUUUCUAGGUUGCCCAGGUAAGACAGAGGCCCUUAGCUUAUACAAAAAAGCAACUCUUAGACAGGAGCCAAAUACUUUGGCCUGUUUGUUUUUAAAUUUGACUGGAUUCUGCUAAUAGUGGAAAAGCAAAAUAUGCUCACCCAUUUUAGGGUGUCCAUUUGAUUAUCUUAAAACUGCUGUCUCCUUGAGCAAAGGGAAGCUAAAGACAUGUGAGUUCUCUAAUCUGGGUGUAGAAAAGAAAAUGCAGCUCUGGAUGCAUUUGUGCUGUACGCAAUUGGAAAAGAAGGUUUGCAUUCUAUAAUAAGGCCCCUCAUGAAGGUUGCAAUAUGGGGAGGUUGCAGGGGCCGGUAAGAUUAACUCUGACCUUAAUCUGUUCCCAGAGGAUUUCAAAAGGUCUAGAAUGUCUAGGCCAAAAGGACAUUAUUUUCCUUCCAAGUUAUUUAGGCUUCAUCUCUUCUGCCUUCUUUCUAGAGCAGAAAGACAGGAAUGUCUCUCUACCAACGUCCCUCUCUUUUCAUAAUACUAAAGCAAUGAAAACAGAUGGCAAACAGAAUAAAGUGGGAAAGUGCUUUUCUCUUUUUAAGAUGUGUGCUGUAGAACAAAACGAAACUUGAACUUAACAUGAGCAUGCCUGGCCACUAAAUGGAAACAAAAUGAAACUCAUUUCUAUGCAGUUUGAGCAUGAGACCAGAGUCAAAAAUGGGGGGGGAGAUAGAUUUAUAAAACAAAAAUAGCUAAUUCAUUUUUGAGAAGAAUAUAAGGUCCCAAAAUUUAAAAGUGGAUGUUAUUCUUACAUAUGUGAACUAACUUCCUCACCAAAAGUGUAUUUGUCCAAAGAGAGUGAGUCUACUUUGUGGGAUGUUUUUUUUAUAAAUCUAUCAUAAAUAAAGAUUUGAUAUGUCACCCAGUUUAGGACCAAUAAAGAGAAGGUUCCUAUGUUGUGAUAAAUCAGUUGGGAACAUAAAUGUGCCUCCUAAUAUCGAUUAAACAUUCCAGUCUCAUUGAUGGUUUAACAAUGCAAAGCUGAUAAUUUUUAUUUUUAAGAGGCUUGUUGAGGCAUAGGUGAUUGAAUGAACUAGGUAUGUCCAGAAUACAAUAUAAAACAGCAAGAGCCAGUAAUUUAUAGCAUAUCUUCCCUUUGUGUCCUUUUACAUAAUCAGGUUGGAUAGAGAUUCAUUUUCUCUUCCUUCUCCCUAUAUUCUCUGAAGCAGUAAGAGACAUUGGGAAUCUUGUCUUAGUAACAGGAUGCUGAUUGUAAUUAGUGUAGUCCUAAUUUACUAUUUUGGUUUUGAGCAGUUGUAGCCCAAUUAGAGCCAAGAGAAGGGAGCAGCAUGUGUGACGUUGCCCUACAUGUGAUAAGAGCACAUAUAUUAGAUUCUAUUAAAAAAAGGUUCUCAGCAAAUUUCACAUAGAUGUGAAAUUCAAUAUUUGGAGUAUUGUAUUUACUUUGAGCCUGCUUGAUAUACUAAUUUUAGGUGUCUCAUCUACUCCCAUGCUUAUUUGUCUUCGGAGGGGGUGAUUGAUAGGAUAACAGUGCAUGUAUGUAUGUGUGUGUGCUUGGGGGAGGGGUGCAGCUGUAUAUAUGUAAUUGGAAGUCCUGGUGUGUACUUGGCUUUGAAUGUGUUGUAAAAUUUCUGUAAUUCCCCCAAAGCAAAACAAUCAACUAGAACAAAGAGCUAGCUUGUAAGAGUUGUAAAGAUUGGCUUUUAGGUCUAAGAUUCAACAAGCAACUUAGUUUUGUAAAUAAGUAAAAUUUUGUCUCUCACUAAAAGGGACAUUUUUGGUGCUUGGAAAAUUCAUGCUAAGGACUAUUUACAUAUGUCCUUGCCAUUUUUUUAAUGCACAUCCCUGGAUAGCCAAAUGAAAGUCUUGGAUGAUGGCUUCUGAUACAUCCAGAAGUCAAAGUGGACUGUCAAAAUUUGUAAAUACCAAAGGAUACUAGAAAGUAGCAACGAGCAGGGUAUGCCAGGUUCGCUCUGUCUGGUGUCUUCCAAAUUUGUUAGAUGUUACUUCAUAUAAUCCCAGCCAAUAUGGCCAAAUUCCAAUGAUAACUAGAAAUUAUGAGAAUUGAAAACAAACAGAUUGGAGAAAGCUAUGCUAUAGAGUUCAAGAAUAGUUGAAUUUAGCAAAGGACAAAUUCCUUAAAAGUUUUGAAGACUUCCUUUUCAAUUACUUUUAGAAUCGUAAUGCAAAGAGUCACUAGGGGCAUGAAGAACAACUAAAACUAGAGCAGAGUCAACACAUCCUGGGCAUGCCCUUUAGUAUCUCGCUGGAGUAUCUUUUUGCUGAAACAUUUCCUUUGUUAUGAACACAAGUGUUAGGUUCAAACUUCAUAUUACGCAGCGUGGCAAGUUGAUUGCUAUUUUCUGUGUCUUAAAACAUUUCUAAGCCUCCCCUGCCGAGGGAGGAACCUUUUCAAAAAGUUAGUCAUUUAUGAAUUGGGGCAGCUUGGGAACGGGCGCAUGCAGCCUUCCUAAGCCAGCUUCCUUUUGACUCUGAAUAAUUUGGAAGUUUGUUCUUUCCAAACUGGCAAGAUGGAUCUGCCUAUUUCCAAAUAAAUGUUUAGGUUUGUGUAGUCGGUCACUUGCCUCUCAGAGGGGCAGUCUCAGUGGUUUGUAUAUGGCAUUGACAAUGUCUGAAAAAGGAAUAUUUAAUCGAGUUGAUAGGUGUGGAUAUAAAUACUAUAAAUAAAUGCAGUCACUCCUGUCCUAAGUAAGGUGAACUUUUUUCAGGUUUUAUUUGUAGUGUACAGGAACCAUGAUUUUUUUAGUCUGCACAUUUAAAAAUUGGAUUAAAAAAAAGUGUGUUGUAAUUAUGCUUUUUAAAUUUGAAUAUGUAAAUAAAGCUGAAUUCUGCAAAG